AAAAUUCCUUUUAGCUGUAGGAAAGUUAACAAAUUGUAAAGAUUUUGUGUAUUAUAGAUAAGAUAAUGAAUGUUAAGUGCAUUUAGUGAGCUGCGCAGUUCUAACUUUUCAAACUGAACAUCGAUAAAUGUCGAAUUAAAUGUCAUUUGAAAAAUGCAUUGCAAUACGAUAAUCACAUGAUUUAGAACAAACUCUGGACAAAUUAAUAGAAAAAUAGACUCAAAAUAACGAAACAAAUAAACAAAAACAUAUUGUAGGCCAUUCCUGAUACUAUAUGAUAUAAAAACAGUUGCAUGAAGAGCACACCUAUUCAGUAAGUUCCUUAUGAGGGUCAAGAUUGAAUGCAAUUUGAAUAGUGUGUAAGGUAGAUGUGUACGUGAGCAACCGGCAACAAUAGGAUCUUUUUGGCAUAGGGAAAACGUGACUGCAAUACAGCAAUAGGGAAUAUUAAUAUUCAACCAACAUUCAAAUGACGUCAGUAUUGAAUGAAGGGACUCUCGAGAAUGAGGUCGUUGGCAACGAUUUACCGCUGACUUUUAAGGUCAAAUAUCUUGGUAGUGAGCAUGCUAGAGGUCUAUGGGGUAUCAAACACACACGACGGCCGGUCGAUCAUUUAGUCACAAUGGCAAAAACGAUGCCAACAAACAAAGCGCUACCUCUCUGUGACUUAACUGUAUCCCGGGAUGGUGUUUUCAUCACAACAGGAUGCAAUACAACAAAAAAAUGGAACUAUACAAUAGAUUCAAUCUCGUACGGUGUACAAGAUUUAGUGUACACCCGCGUGUUUGCAAUGAUUGUAGUUAAAGAUAAUUUUAAUAUCAAAGAUCCAAAUCCAUUCGAAGUGCAUGCAUUUGUCUGUGAUUCUAGAGCACUUGCCAGAAAACUGACGUAUGCAUUGGCCGCAUCAUUCCAAGAAUAUUCAAAACGUGUUAAGGAAAUUGAGCAGCAAGAACUGAAAAAUGACUCACAAACAGCUAAGAAGAAGUUUGCGAUUGAUCUUCGUACACCUGAAGAAAUGCGACAAACAAUUGACGACCAAGAAACUGAAGCGUAAUAUAUCUUACUCCAUACUUUUCUAUCACUUUCCUGCGUUUAAAUGCAUACUACUAGUAGUCAUUACACCAAAAAUUUUAAGCCAAUUCCAUUUUGAUUGAACUAUAAGUUGCAGAAUGUUCCACGAAGAAAAUGUUUAUAGAAUUUAUCUCUUAUGAUAGCACAUAAAUACUAAGCAAGUUUGCGAUUAUUAUUGCAAAUUGGUUUUCAAUUUUUUCUAUACCAUUUGUAAAUGACCUCACCACUUAAUCAUGAAUUGGAGCAAGUGCAUUAAUUUAAAUUGAGUGAAUCAAGAAGAAGGUAUACAGCUUUAUACAUCUUUCCAAAAUAAAAUAAACACCGCACUGAAAAUAUACAUAUACAAAUAUAUUCUAGUAAUGCCGCAUAAUUCAACUGGGUUCAUUUGUUGUUGUUUUUUUCUCAGAAAAAAAUAGAUUUUUUUGUGAUGUGUGUAACACUAUAGUACCUAAAUCUAUUUUCGUAUAAAAAACACAAAAUGAACAAUAUUUUAAUUGUUUAAAUCGUAGUUUUCGAUAAAUGUUUUAAUGUACAAAAAUUCUUGUAAAUAAAAUGUGAGAAAUGCUUGUA